AUGAAUCUCAGAGUCUACGACUGUGGGGAAAGGCCGUUCAUGACCUGGAUUGGGACUGCUCAGGACUUCUUCAUCUUUGUGGAGCGCACGGAUGUAGCUAUGAACUGCAUGUUGCAAUAUGACCAAGCCCCACGGGAAGCGCUGCUUGCGGCAAUCAGUGAGAAAGAUGCAAACAUUGCCUUGCUGGAAUUGUCGGCCUCCAAAAAGAAAAAGACACAGGAAGAAGUCAUGGCCCUCAAGCGGGAAAAAGACCGACUAGUACAUCAGUUAAAGCAGCAGGUUUAUAGACCUAGGAAACAGCCCCCGAGCUCGAAUAUACCAUGCACUUGUGAUGCUGGCUACAGCCCAGAUAUUACGGCCAAGUACCACGGGUCCAGCUACGAUGCAUACAUGAUCCAAAGGUCUCAGACCCAGAAUAGGAUGAAGCUGAUGGCAGACAACUACGAUGAAGACCAUCACCAUUACCACCACCACCACCAUCAUCACCACCAUCGAUCUCCUGGGAGGUCGCAACAUUCCAAUCACAGGCCCUCUCCGGACCAGGAUGACGAGGAGGGCAUAUGGGCAUAGCCGGGCCUGUAAACCAAAGUUCCAGUUUUGUUUUGAGGGCUAUCAGAAGGGCUGAAUAAAGGGAAAACGCAGCUCUGCGGCAAUAUUCUGAUAAUCUGUUGCAGUGUGGCUCACGUCACGGUCCCCCACCACCUGGAGUGGCUCACCGGAACUGGAGAAGAGCUUUCACUUUCCUUCCUAAGUUGGAUUCUGUUCGCCUCAAUCUUCCCUUUAUCAUCCCCCGUCGUUUCUCAUGGAUUCAGAUAUGUUGAAAAGGAAGCAUGCAGAGAAAAAUAAAAAUGACAGAUCCCCCAUAUUUUGUCGGGAUUUGGACAUUCGAAAUGUGACCCGCUCUUCUGAAUGUCCUUAUCUGAUAGCAUUUCAUUGAUGUUACUUGAACAACAUCACGGGAUACGUUUGAACUCCGUGGGAUUUCAACUAUGGAUUCAGCUUCUGUUGGACAACUAGCUUCAUCUCUGGUUCAGUUGAAAUGCUCAUUCCUAAUGCAUUAGAUUAUUGAGAAGUAUAGUUCGCUGUGAGUGAGAGGUGUUGACAGUGUUUAUAUCCCGCAGUGCGCGGAGUGUUUGACAAAGAAACCGACACCCUGAAAACGGUGAGCCUCUACCCUCCUCUGUUUCUUUAAUCCGCUGUUUGAAGAACCACAUUUUGAUGGUGUAACCAGUAGUUACCUCUGGGCCAGGUUGGAAAUGAAAUCAACUUUUUAAACCACUAAUACUUGCCAAGAAAUCGCCUUAUGAGAACAUGGUGUGUGUCUCUGACAAUGCAUGGCACAUCUAAAUUGAUCAUUCAUAAUUUUAUCAAGCCUGGCCGUGUACUGCAGAGUGGCAAGAGUCUGAGGCACCUCCCGUCUCCACUCCGUGGGUCCCGCACCUUCCCACGACUGGGCCUCAGACUCCUCCCAUCUCGGUACAUGCAGGUCUCCAUGGCGAAGCUGGGAAUCAUUCUCAUGUCCAGAUCCAAAAGCUGUGUAAACAGUGUAAGCUUAGGUCUUCUGUAAAUAAAGGGUCAUUUCUCACUUCUUUUUUUUUUUUUUUAAUGAAGUCUCCAUCAUGGAUUCCAAAGCCUUUUCAGCAUCAAACAUGAAAACAUUGAUGAAUGAGGAACAAUCACAAAAGCUGUGUAUCUGUAUAUAGCUCCACACAACGUGUACGUGAAUAUAGAGUCAUUAUUUAAAGUACAUGCCAGGGAAAGACACCGCAUUUUGUGGUCUUUUACAUACAGUGACAUGGUACUAAGGAGACUUCAACUCCUACCGCUUCCUCUGAAGAUUAAGUCAAAAGUUCAAGUUGUUAUAACUUCAUCAAACUCAUGGCCGAGUCUGGCAAACAUGUGCCACUCUUGUCCUGAUCCAUUUUCUUGUCGAUGGAAGAAACCCUUCCACGUGUAUGCAAGUGGGAGGUGAAAACCUGCAUUUUUAAAGGACAAACAGUGAAUUUAAGCAUGAGUGGCCUUAAUAAAUAUAGUUGUCUUUCUUUGCUGCUGGGGUGGGGGGAGGAUUCUAAACACAUGUUUCUGACGUCUUGCAUUGAAUUUAGUCAUUAUUAUUCCUUUUGAAAACAUUGGUGCAUUUAACUCUGGACCUCUUUCGUGAGCCAUAGAGAUAUUUAAAAGACAGACACCUUAUUUGUCAGGGAAGACGAAACCAUCUCUGAGUCACACCAUUCAUACUGGGUGUGUUAGGAGGAAUAUAUUCAAGAAGGUUCUUUGCUUCUGGCUUUGUCCUUGUCGUCGGGAAGUACAGCAAAUCGUAUAAAGCUUACCUGUUGUAUCCACAAUCCAACUACAUUCAUGUUUAAAAAAGUUUGUCCUUUAACUAUCAAAGGGAUCUAGGUCUCAGUUGGAAAAGCAGGCAGAGUCUUUGCAAGCUUAUUGAGCAUGUGUUGGCACAACAUCGUACCGGAAACCCAGGCCACAAAAGCAUCCCUGUGAAUAAUUUGAGCAUCAUCCAAGAGGUGAUCCUCACUGCCUCCUACCACCAGGUCCUGACCUGAAUUCUGCAGCUGAAUACUUGAAGUAGGAAGUGAUAGGGUCCUUGAAGCAGAAAAAAAUAAAUAAAUAAAAUAAAAUAAAAAAACAACCAAUAGUUGUUUAGUUAGAUAUCUCUACGUAUGUGCCAAUUUUGUCACAGCUAUUGUUUUGGGGGUCAUUUUUUUGGUCCCACUUUGGUUGAUUAAAAGUAUUACUGACCUUACCUUUAUGGGGGCAUAUUCUUUAGUCCCUUACAAAUCCAAUUCUAUCUGACACAGCAUCUUUUCUCAUCUCAUGUAACAGUCUCUAAUACUUGGGGGUGACCAAAAACAAUCCCUCUUCACAUAUGAACCAUUGUCUCUGGGUUUACAGCAAACACUGUGAUGUUGGGAAGGUAUUUCCUUUGUGCAAACUUUAGCAGGUUUCCUUCUAAUCAUACUGUAGUUGACAAAAACAAAAACAGUUGGGACUCACAUGGUCUUACUUUGUGCAAAUGCAGGCUUGUACUUUAUACCCCAUUGGAUUUCCGUGUACAGUCUCAAUUUUGUAUUUAAUGAUUUUUGUGUAUCCAGUAUGCACAUUCACAGCGUGUCAACUUUCAUUCGAAAGUGGGUUUCAAUUUACUUCUUAAACAGUGUUUAUGACGAGACCUCAAACGUGUUGACAUAAGCUCUAUCUGCAACGUGUCUGUGUAGAGUGGCGUUUGAAUGCUGCCAAGGGUCAGUGUAUCUAAUUCCCUGAGACCCUUGUUUGAUAGUGCUUCUUGUAAUAUUUCUUCAAGUGAGUGGCAUGUGGGUUGUGAUAUUGACCCUGUGAUUAUGGACAUUGAUAUGAAAAAUAAAUAAAUAAAUAAACAAAACUUAAGGAACCCUCGAAACUACCAGUGGGCAUGUAUUUGCCAGUCAUUGUAACCUUGUGUCUAGUAGCGCAUAC